GCUCAUGCUGCUGCACGGCCGCUCGCCCAAGUACCCAGUCUUUCCUGGGAAUAUCUUCUGGCGAGAAGUGGAUGUCAGUGAUCCCCACACGUUUCUGUUCCUGAAACGCGGCGUAAUUCAGUACGUACAAGUCAAACCGAUACUAGCGGUCGCCACGAUCAUUCUCAAGCUCGUGGGCAAGUUCAACGAGGGCAACCUCCGCGCUAACUCCGGGUAUCUCUACGUGAGCGUUGUGUACAAUUGCAGCAUAUGCCUAGCUUUGUAUUGUCUCGCAAUAUUCUGGAUGUGCGUCAGCGAAGAUCUCAAACCAUUCAGGCCGAUGCCGAAGUUCCUCUGUGUGAAGGGCAUUCUGUUCUUCUCCUUCUGGCAAUCCCUCCUCAUCUCUAUCCUCGUGGCCGCCGGGGCGAUCACGAAGCUCGGGCCGUAUACAGACAACGAGCACAUCUCGCUCGGGCUCACGGACACGCUCAUCUGCCUCGAGAUGCCGCUCUUCGCGAUUGCGCACAUGUACGCGUUUUCGACGCGGGAUUUCGUGGACCCGCGCUCGUCGUUCGUCGCGCGCAUGCCCGUGUUCUACGCUGCGCGUGACGCAUUUGGGCUCAAGGACGUCGUGGAGGACUGUAAAGUGACUCUUCGCGGGGAGGGCAUGGACUACCGCGAGUUCGAACCCAGUGAAGGGUUUAUACAUCAGGGCGCGGGUCGUGAUAGGCGGAUCAGAGCGGGCCUGCGGUAUAGCCAAGGCGGAAAGAAGAAGUACUGGCUGCCCCAGCGGGCGCAAGGUACCCGUCCCGCAGGCAGUGUCGAGCGGACAGUGAAUCGUGCAGUGCAGCGCGUCGCUGGAGAGGAUGAGACGGAGGACGUCUAUGCCCCUCUACUCGCUGAUCAGGCCCAGGAUGUCGUGCACACCGCGCCCGACCUGCGCUCGCCCACCGGGCAGGCAGAGCUCGGCCUCUUCGACUCUGAGCCGCUCCAGGACGAGGGGUUCGGGCUGCAGUUCGGCGACAUCGACGACGCGGACGAGGCGCUCUACAGCCACAGCAAGAAGUACGUGUUUGGGGACUACCUCUAUCCAUGCGUGGACGUGAGCUCGGAGGCGGCGCGCAAGACGAUGUGGGACGAGGAGGAGCGGAUCCUGCGCGACGAGCGUGGCGCGUACUUCUCGCCUAUGCUCGGGCCUGGGCGCAUCCUCGGGCAAGCGCGCCAGAGCUAUGGCGCGAUGGGGAACUUCCAAAGGGGUGUUGUGCGCGAGCGGGUGACCUCGGAUACUUCGGACGGAUCGAGGGGCAAGGGCAAGACGAGGGCAGGGCGGGAAGUGGUCAUCGACAAGGAGCAGGAUCGGGUGCCAGAGGCGAACAUGGGCGAGGUCAGGCUACGGUGGACGAACAGCCAAGACCGCGUAGCUUCGCAGUCUCCUCGCGUCCGGACGUCCUCGGCCACUGCACGGCCUGCAGCCAUGAAGCCAACCUCGUCGGGAUCAUCAGGGAGCAGUCCUGCAGUGAAGCACCCUCCGCCGUCACCUCGCAAAGAGACUGAGCGACCUGUGUUGCCGCCGGACGCGGUGGACCUCAUCGUGGAAGACCCGCACGCGGCCGAGGAAGAGCAGACCCACGAGCGACGGAAGGGAGAACCUGCCGUGCGCGGAAAGGCGUUGCACAAAGUAUACCGGAGAGGGUACGUCGUGGGCGACAGACGGGGACGGGAGGAGGGCGAGGUCGAAGUAGCGAACGCUGCGACGCCGUCGCCGGACGAACAGCAAACCAUCUUUGAGGUCGGCGAGGACGCGGACAGUGUGAUGAAUGCGGAGGAGCGGGCUGUCGAGGAGGUUACCGUCGCGAAGGCGGAAACACCACCCCCGCACGCGAGACCGAUGCUCUACAGUCCAGAGCUUCUCGAUGACGAGAAUCCGUGGGCAUAGUACGUCCAGACAGUGUUCUAUCAUCAGUUCAGUUAUGUGUUUCUCGCUGAUGUACUUUACAUACGUAAGGGUGGAGGGUGCAAUAUCAUUAUUCGAGUAUUC